AUGGGCUCGAGCAGCGGGGGGAAGAAGAAGUACAUCAACUUCCGCAACAGACAAAGGGCCAACAUGAGUUUUUUCAUCGUUGUGAUGUUUUUCGCUGUGUUUGGAAUCAUCAUCUUCACUGAAAUUUUCCUGAUUGACGAGAGAGGAAGAGGCGCUGGAGUUCUUGUAAGGCACGGCUCCCUCACUUACCAUCAUCGUCCACCGGCGCGAGAUUACGAAGACGCCUUCCAGAGCGAUGAUUACAUAUCAAUCCACAUGGGGCCCAUGCCCAACAUGGACGACACCGUCGGAGCACUUCUUCUAGGUCGUCCGGCGGUAAUUCCAGUAGUUGACGACGAACCUGGCCCUCAGUCUUCCAAAGUGCUUACUGAAACCAAGCUGCCACCGUAUCCAGCACACAUAACCCCAACGAACGGCUCCUGGCAAAACGUUAACGGCGCUAGAUACAAAUUUUUCGUCUUUUCGGCCUUCUUUGACAAUCGCAGAGGACAAAGAUCCGUGAGGAUAAUAGGCGCAACGAAAACUAGAGGACCGGAAAGAGUGUGGUGCCGGAUGUGGUAUAAAACAAGCGAAAAUAAUGCUACUUCGUUUAUCUCACGCAGCGUCCAAGCAAAAAUUAAAGUAAUUCGAGAAAACUGGAAUCUAAAAUACAGCGCGUGCUUUCUAUUGUGUCCUUUAUUGGCCAACCAAACAGUUCCUACGACUGUCUCAGUAGUCACCAAAGUCAAAUCAUUCCCUACUAAUCUGCUGACCGUCAUCAACAACUACAACGAUUCAAUGAAACCCUCGAAUAGAUUCGCCGUAUGCAUCAAACCGCUCCAUUUCGAUUACAACAGGGCGCUCCAAAUUUUGGAAUUCAUCGAACUGAAUCGUAUAAUGGGUGUUGAACAUUUCACUUUUUACAAUCACACAAUCGGUCCUCAAGUCGGAUGUAUUCUACAAGAUUACGUUGAUCGCGGUUUAGUCACCCUGUUACCGUGGCAACUCAACAUGUUGUCGCAAAAGGAAAUUCGUACCGAAGGCCUUUUUGCGGCCCUCAACGAUUGCCUUUAUCGCUCGAUGAAUCUCUAUUCGCACGUCCUUCUCAUAGAUCUAGAUGAGUAUAUCAUACCAAGGAACAAUGAAACGCUACCCCAGCUUAUCGAAUAUCUCAACAACAGGUUUAACAGUCGCACCACAGGCGCCUACUCAUUUCAAAACGCUUUUUUCUACCUCCAAUGGGGUGACGACGACUCAGUUUACGAUUCAAAUGAUUCAGUGGCUGCCGGUUUAGUGACUUUGAAAAAGACAAGACGACGCAGUAAAUUACAUCCACACAAACAACGGUCAAAGUACAUUUGUCGACCGGAAUUAGUUGUUGAAGCCGGAAAUCAUUUCGUUUGGGAGUUCAUUCCAGGACACGGAACGAUGAAUGUUCCGUCAGACGCAGCAAUACUACAUCACUACAGAAUAUGCGAAUUCGGAGGAGACGACUGUAUAAAGACACCUUCGACGGUGGACUCUACUGCGUUCAAAUAUAAAAAUAAACUAGUGGACGAAGUGAAAGAAAAAUAUAACGAGUUUAAAAUCAAAUGCAAUUUAAUGGAAUUGCCACCACCUCCUCGAAGGGUUUUUAGUAAGAUUAUCAAUAUGUUAAAAAGCGGACAAAAGACAGUGAGGUAAUUCUUAAAUGUACCUAAUAAGAUAUUUUUUUAAGAACAUUUGUAUUAUUUUGUAUAUAAUUGUGUAUUCUGAUUUGUAAAUAGGACAAGUUGCACUGGAACUAUAUCAACAACAUUAUCAUUUGGUCGUAAGUGUAUAAAGGCUUAGUAAAAGAGUUUCUCUUUG